AUGCCUCCAUGGCAUGCGUAUCAUGUCGGGAAAUGUGAUGGUGGUAAGCCUAAAUGCUCCAGCUGCAUGAACAAGCACCGCGAAUGUCGAUACCAGGCCGUAGACAAGAGAAAACUCCCACUCCGUGUUGCCAUAGAGCUUCUAUCAAGCCGAGUCGACCAGCUCUGUCUCUUCAUUCGCCAAAAUGGAUUGGAGGCCCCGCCUAUGCCACAAGAAAGGGACACAGCUUUGGCUAAAGUUCUUGAGGUCCUUGGCUUGGCUGAAGUUCAUUCAGCUGCAGGAGGAAAUGAGGCAAACAGCAAAUCCCCCAAUCCCAAUUCCGCAUCCGCAGUCGAUGAUCUGCUUUCUGAUGCUCCAAAUUCUUUGCCAUUUUCCGCUCCUGAAAUAACAAAUGAUUCGAAUAGCAAUUGGGCUCAGGCAUCUCCAGACAACACAUCGCAAAAUUCUCAGUCGGGUCUCACAAUGCUGUCGGACCCACAUUCCGUAUCGAUACUACCCAUGAUCGAUACCGAAAAUCUAGAUAUCCCAAUUACAGAGCAGUAUCAGCGGACGGAUGAACACUCGGAUACUUCAUUGGUCAACUGGGACUGGACCUUGGACUUUGGAACAUACAUUACGCCAUCGUCCCCAGACAUCCAAAGCACAGAGCCACUACAGCCGCCAGCGGAGCAAUCGGAGAGGCUACCUGAACCCUUUGAGCCUGCCGUCAUUCAAACCCCACCCAGCCUCGACAGUGAUACUAGGAGCACUGAAGAAAUCGAAGAUCUCAUCGAUGAGCUUUCGGAUCGGAUGGGCACAUUGCGCUUUGGCCCUGGAGGGAAAGCUCGUUUCUAUGGCCCAACUUCCACCUUCAACCUUGCCGAUGCCCCAAUAUCUAUCAACACUCAGACACAACGUGCGGUUGAUUAUCUCGACGACACAGACUGGGACAGACAAGUACCAUUAUCUCUCGAGGAGCAUCUUCUUACUCUUUAUUUUACCUGGCAAGAUCCAUCAUUUCACGUAGUCGACCGAGAAUUGUUCGAGAAAGGAAAGACCGGCUGGUAUGGGAAAGAAGAUACCCCGUUCUAUUCUGAGGCACUAUGCUAUGCAAUGUGCUCUCUGGGCGCUGCUUUUGAAACUCGUUACCAUCCAUCCUUUGUGACGUUCCCAAAGUCUCUCGGUGAAUUCUUCGGGGACCGUGCAAAAGAGCUCCUUGAAAUUGAACUCGACUCUCCAUGCGUGGCAACAGUCCAAGCACUUGUAAUCUUAAGCAGCCACGAAAUUGGUGUGGGCUCAGAUACACGCGGAUGGCUCUACAGUGGGAUGGCCCUUCGACUUGCUUUUGAUCUUGCCUUACAUAUCGACCUCUCUCCAUAUGUUGCUCGUGGGUCUGUUACCGCUGCCGAUGCCGAGCUGCGUCAAACUGUCUUUUGGGCUGCGUAUAUGGUUGAUCAUCUUGUCGGCUUCUAUCUUGGUAGACCCUUUUAUACCAAUAUGGAGGAUGUUACAGUCAAAAAGCCCAACAAUGACGUCGAUUAUCGAGAACCUUGCAAAUGGACGCCCUACGCAUCUCCUAUUCCGUUUGAUGAUAACUCGGAAUUAUUUGACUGCAUAGGCGCUGUCAGUCAACAGGAAGUCUCACUAUGUGAGCUGAUGGCACCCUGUGGCUACUUCCUUUAUGGAACAUCAGGGAUUCCAAGAGCUUUGCUCCAACAGCUCAAUGCAAAUAAUGUUGCCAAGCUUCUCAAUUGGAAAGCUCAGUUGCCCUCAUUUUUACAAAUCAACCUCAACGAUCAUACUUCUCCAUAUCUUCCGCAUGUGUUGCUACUUCACAUGCAAUAUUACCAGAAUCUCAUCUACACUCAUCGACCCUGGAUGUCAAAAGGCUACCUGCAACCACAACCCCCGAAAGGACCCGGCUCCACCCACGCUCGAGAGAUGUGCAUUAAUUCCGCCAUCUCCAUUGCCAAAAUCCUUGUAUUAUAUGAGACCAGAUAUACCCUCCGCCGCAUAAACAUCAAAGCAGUCUCAAUUACAUCUUCUGCCGUGCUGCUCCUUCUCUUCGCCGCCGUCUCCCAGUACCAAACCAAAGAAGAAGAGAAUAUUAUCGCUCAUCUGAGUACCUGCUUCAGAGCCCUCGAUGAGUUCUCUCUAUCCUGGCAGAGUGCCAAUCGCGCCAAAGACCUCCUGGUAAGACUACAGCACAAAUGGGAGGUUCGUACCCGCGCUACCAAGCCGGACCGCGGACCGGAUGGGGCUGGGUACCCCCCAAGAAAGAGAUCACGAACGCUUAAUGGAUCUGACUCGAUCAUCCCGAAUGAGGGAAGACUUCAAAACGAGCCCGAGACGCGUGAUUCCCAACUGGAGUCUGGGUUGGGCUGGAUGCUCAUGCUCAGCGGUCAGCUUCCAUCGGAUGGGGACGAGGAUCUCUAUUCUUUCGUUGCAAAUACAAGUAUUCCAGAGUCUGAAUAUGAGACUAUAUAG